ACACACACUUACAGUUUUGUCAUACUAUCAAAGAUACCACAAACAACACAACACUCAUGGUGAACGACUUUAGCACUUCAAAAAUCUCUACUUCUUCUACUUCCUCUUGGUGGCUUAGAGGCAAGGUCAUAGGCAGAGGCUGCUUCGGCACUGUUAACGUCGCCGUCAACAAAUCCAACGGCGAUCAUAUCUUCGCCGUUAAAUCUGUUAAUCUUGCCACUUGUAUCCCACCUCAGCUCGACUCGUUGGAAAACGAAAUUCGUAUCCUCCGCUCUGUCUCGUCACCACACGUCGUGAGGUUCCUCGGCGAUGACGUGACCCGAGAAGGAACCGGGUUGUUCCGUAACCUUCAUCUUGAGUACAUGCCACGUGGAACUCUCGCUGAUAUAGCGGGUCAAAACCUUGAGGAAGAUAUGAUCCGACGGUUCACGCGGUGCUUGGUCUCUGCGUUGAAGGACGUCCACACGUGCGGCUUCGUCCACUGCGAUGUGAAGGCGAGAAACGUUCUACUUGGAGAAGAACCCGGUUCUGCUAAGCUCGCUGAUUUUGGUUCCGGUUUAGAAAUUCGAACCGGAAACCAAACCGGGUGCGAGGCACGUGGUAGUCCUCUAUGGAUGGCCCCGGAGGUAAUUCGCGGCGAAUGUCAAGGCCCCGAGAGCGACGUGUGGUCUCUUGGCUGUACGAUCAUAGAGAUGGUCACCGGAAAACCGCCGUGGAUCGACGACGGCGCUGAAACGCUGAGAACGAUCGGAUUUUCCGACGAGUUACCGAAACUUCCGGCGAGAUUAUCGGAGAUCGGACGGAACUUUCUGGAGAAAUGUCUUAGGAGAGAUGCGAGUGAGAGAUGGAGCUGCGGUCGGCUGUUACAACAUCCUUUCCUCUCGUGUUCUGCUUUGUCGGAAUCUCCGCGGCAUGUAUUCGACUGGGUUGACUCGGUGUUCGAGGAAGAAGAAGCAGCGGUGAGUGAGCAUGUGUCCGAGUCGAGUUCGAGUCUCGCCAGGGAGAGGAUCGGUAAUUUAGCGACGAGCAGAGGGGUAAUCUGGGAAUCUGAUGGUUGGUUGGUGGUUAGAGGCUCGGAGACACGUCAGCUUGUUCCUGAUUCUUCAUGUACGGAACCCGUAACGGUGAGGAAUCAGACAAGUUCAUCGUAUGGUUAUCAGCCAACGUGGCAAGUAGUUAAAGUGAAGAUGAUACGUUGCCCAAACAAAAUUAGAUAUAUGUGGUGGCAGUGUUGUAAAUACGUGAAAGCCAAACGUACGGACGUGAAUGCACCGCCGCAAUGGUGCGGUUGUGGUGUGCCUCAAAACACGGCCGACCUAGAGAUAAUAGUCGUAUGUAGCACAUUGUUGUAUAUGUGUUGUGCCCAAAUGUUUAUAAAUAAAAUAUUCUAUGUUGGCAAUUUUUGUUCUCUAUAACCUACACUGCCACACGAAAAGAGUUCUGAUCCAAGCUAUGAUAUAGUACCAACAUUAAUAUACAUAAAUCAUUAUGCCUCUAUAUAUGGUUAUUAGAAAGAAGCCAAAAUCUUAAAGCUAUAGUAAAAAAAAAAGAAACUAUGACAAGUGGCAAUAAAGAUAAAGUAACAUGUGUCUCAAAGAUUGAGAUCAUUCAUGGAUAUUAUCUAAUUUUAAACUAAACAAUAAUGGCCCGUUUUAGUUCUCUCAAGAGGAGAUAUAUUAAUUUAACAUUGUAUAGUUGUUAUGUAGAUAACUAGUCAGGAGACAUGAUAAAAGGACAUAAGAUAAGGUUUAUGAGUAUGAGUUUAGGUUGUAGCAUUCCUUAACCAUGAGGUUUCUUCUCAUGUACAUUAUACAAGAACAUGUCUUUUCAUCAAUAGAGUUAUAUAUUAUUUUGCUUCCGAAUGGUAAGUCUUAAAACUUGUUUAAGAGAAAGCUCGAUUUUGACCCGCGUUUUCAAAACGUAUGUCUUUUUUCCUUUGCAAGUCUCAUAUAAAUGUAUCAAAUAUUUGUAAGUUUAUGUUUUAUAUAUAUAUAUAUAUAUUAUUGAACUUUCAUGUUACAUAAGUACAAUAAGUUAAAUCAUCAUUCUAUUCAUAACAAUGUCGACGUGAAUACUUAUCAUAGUAUUCUCUAUCUUUUAAAUUUACAAAUAUUUAUCGUAGUUUACAUUACAAAAGAUGACACGUUAAAUAACAUGAUUGAAAGAAAUGAGAAGUACAAAAAAAUGAAGAAUGAUCAAAUCAUAUGUGGCUUCAAAUGAAGAAUUAUUAUAAUAGUUCAUCAACACAUAAACAAAAACCAGAAUCAUCAAACCCAAAAUCUAUGUAUAUACAUAAAAUCAUUACAUUCUAAAAUAAAAAAAAAUUACUAAGUUGAAAGCAUCAAAAAGUUAACAUCAAAAAAAUUCAGUGGCUUCGUUUUUCUGAUGUGAAUGUCAUAUAUAUAGUAGAUCGGUAAACGUUUCGAAAUGACAUAAUUUUCAUGAUAAGUUUUGAAAUAAAAUAUUCCUUAUUAAAUUCUCUAAAAAUCUUAGUGCUUAUAAGGUAAGAUUAUUUUUGAAAUAUUUUGUUAGUAAAAAAAAAAAGAACAUCUGGUGAGUGGAUUGCAUCCGAAUUUUUUUCUUCCAAGAACGUUCAUUGCAAUAUGAGUCAAAACAGUCUACAGUUCCACCAACACCAAAGAAACAGAACAUAAAGACUAAAACAGAGCCUAAAGCUCAAACAAGUCAAAAGCUCCAAAACCACAGGAGAUUAAGUCACAACAGCACCUCAGUACCAUCUUCUCAAUGCCAUACUUAUCUCAGACUCCGCUCCUCAGCUACAGCAUUGCGUAGCCAUCCCGGUUCACCUUGAGCAACAUAGGAUUGUUACCUCAAGUCCAUCAUUACACUCCUAGCAAUCAUGAAUGCGAUUUUAUUAGAGCUUCUCGGCACAGACUGUAAGUCCGACUCAUAAAUAUCCUUCAGCACCUUCUGCAGUUCACAUCCAUACGCUCUAAAAGCAUGCCAUGCUCUGGGUCUGUUCGCCACACCCACCAGCUCAGACGCUUCAAUUUCCAAACAUACCUUCUCCACUUUAUGCGGAAUCAUGCUCUCAGAUGCCCAUACAAGACCAAUAUGUUUAGCUUCCAAGAGAGAAUUGAUUCCACUCUUCGGCUAUAUGUAGCAGAACCUCACCACUAGAGUCCCUUACGAUCCAAGCUGUACCCGCCAUACUCUUCCCUUUGGACCAAGCGAUGCCUACAUUACAUUUGAGUCUCCCAGCUGGAGGACCUCGCCACGGUCAACCCGCAAUAUAGCCCUCUUUCGUGUAUAGGUGUGUAUAUUUUUGACCGAAAUUAAAACAACGUAGUUUGAGCAAUUUAUCUUUUGUAAAAAAAUGCAUAACAAAAGAUUUGAACCCGGGUCUUUGGUCAAACAAUAAUCAACCUAAAUUUAUGCUAAUAGUGAUUCUUUUGUUAGCCAUUGAACACAAACUCUCUUAUACUACAUUUAUUCUUCUUCUUCUUCCUCCUCCUUCCUCUGCACUCUCUCCGACACAAGACGGCGGUCAACGGAGUCCUUGUCGGUCAAAUGAUCCCUAAGGACGAAGGAGGAGUUGUGGAGAUUUCCGAUUCUGUUCCGCUCUUUUGCUCCAACCUCGCUCUCCUUCCUCCUCUCUAGAUUUCGCUCAUCAUGAUCGCUCUUGCUACAUAAGUUUUUGAAAUUGAAUAUUGAAAAACUUAGGAUCUGAGUGCACUGUUGCGAAUUCUCAAUAUUGUUGUUCUGUGGCUGUGUUUGGGAGAGAGGCAGUGUCUGUAAUACGUGCUCAUGCGAAUUUUAGUUUAUGUUUGAUGAUGCUUGUUAAAAGAGUUUUAGAAGAUAGUUUUUGGGAAUGUGUGAAACACGUGGUAGGUACAAGUAAAAAAACACGAAAACAACAAUUGUUUAGUUCAUGUUUCUUAAAAUGUUCAUUGUUAUGUAAUUGUGUUUGAGGGAGAUGUAGUGGCUGUAUCGAGAAUCAUCUGCAGAGGAAGGAAGAAGAAGAAGAAUAAAUUUAUUAAACAAGAAAUAUUGUGUUCAAUGGUUAACAAAAGAAACACGAAAGCAUAAAUUGUUUGGUUGAUGUUGGUAUUACCAGAGAUCCGGGUUAGAUUACCUUGUUAUGCAUUUUUUACAAAAAAAAAUGAAUUGCUCAAAACUAUGUGUUUUGAUUUCAGUUAAAAAUAUACACGACUGAGGGCUAUAUUGCAGUUGAAGGUCACUUCAUGGUUUGACCUAUGGAUUUUCAAAUUCGUGGCUUAAUACGCAAAAAAAUUAUUUUUGAGUUUAUUUUUGCAGAAAAACCCAAUAAAAAAAUAUGGCAGGUGAUUAAAUAUUUACAAAUAUCCAAAUUAUUACCCUUAAUGAAAGACACGAUUUAGACAGAAAAGGUAGGGGAAAUUAGUGGAAAACCCCAAAGUAUAUCCUACUUUAAUAAUAUAGAUCUUUAAAUAUAUUUUUUCUAAGAAAAACAAGACUUAAAAAGAUACUUGUCAAACCUAUCUAAAGAGAAAAUAUUGAAACAAAUUCAAAAAGAUAUGGUCAAAACAUAUUUGUAAAAGAAAUUUACUAAUAAGGUAAGAUAUUAUUUCGUAGUUUAAAGAGUUUAAAUAAAAAGACCUUUCACACAAUUUGUUUUAUUAUAAACACUACACAAUAAUGCCUUUGCACUUCACUCAUAUCAUUUAGAUAAAUAAAAUGAAACACCUCGUACUUUUUAUAUUAGUUACUACAUACUUUAAGCUACACGAAGCCUGCGAAAUGAAUCGUGUUCUACUUUCAUAACGAACUCGGCCCUGGUAGACUUCUCGAGUUCCAUUGUUAUUCUGUAAACAAUGAUUUAGGCGUCAAGAACUUAAACUUCAAUGCUACUCCAUAUGUCAUCGAGUUUCAUGACGAUGUAAUUCUUAUAACAACAUGGGAUUGUUUGUUAAGGCAAGGAGCUAACAUGGAAUAUUCUUAUAAAGUUGAAGUGUACAGAGCAGGACAUAGAAUUAUCCCAAAAUGUGGCCAGAUACGUGUAUGGACGGCCAAACUUGAUGGGAUAUACUUUUCAAGAGACCUUGAUACACCACCCGUUUUAGCACUACGCUGGAAUAAAGCAUAAUAUAUUUCUUUUUUUUCUUCAGGAAACUAUAAAUACAUCAAAAUAUUAUAAUAACAUAUGAGUUUAUGUGAUAUAUAUGUUUGUCUGCUAAAUCUUUGAUGAGGUUCAAGAACGUCUCAUGGCUCUGAUAUUGUCUUAUCCAUUCCUGAUGUUUUAGCAACCGUUAUCUUAUGGUCAUAUCCCCACAUUGUCUAUACAUGAGUCUGAUAGCCACCGUAUGUGUACUGGGUUCAGCGGAGAGCUGAAAUAAUAAUCAAAUGAAUACUUGACCACUGGUUUGGUAAGCUCGACACCAAUUCAAGUUUUUACUUCAUACAGUAGAACCUCUAUAAAUUAAUAAUGUUGGAACUUUAAAAUUUUAUUAAUUUAUAGAGAUAUUAAUUUAUCAAAGUUUCUUUUUUUAGAUUUUUUUUUUAUUUUUGAAUAUUCUUAUUAAUAAAUUAAGAAAAUAUUUAAUUUUACCGUAUAUAAAUUAUUUAAAUUUAGAAAUUUGACUUUCAUAUUAUUUUAUUAUCUUAUUUGAUGUAUAUUUUUAUGUUUCAUAUAAUUGUUAUGUGGUUUUCGAUAUAAUUUUAUGAAAUAUUAUAAAAAUAUAUUAAAAUAUUAAGAAAAAUAGAAGUAUUUUCAUUGUGAAUAUAAAACUAACAACAUAAUGUUUAGUUUGUACUUAUAUAAAAUAAGUAUAGAGAUAGAUUAUUAAUUUAUGAUUUUAAUGGGACAAUAUAUUUACAUGGGAAUUUUAAAAAUAUUAUUAUCUUAUUAUUUUAUCGAUUUGUGUCAUAUUUUACACCGGUCCAAGUUGGGACCGAUAAAAUUUAUUAAUUUAUAAAGAUUAUUAAUUUAUCGAGUAUUAAUUUAUAGAAGUUCUACUGUACUUUGUUGAUAAGAAUGAAAGCAUCAUGCACUUGGAAACUUAGAUUCCGAUUAGUAAAAUUUUAUUCUCAAAACCGUGAAAAUAUUAACUAAACUGUGGGAAAAUUAAUUAAAUUAUGUAAAAUUUUAAAAUAUGCUGAAUGAUAACUUCAAAAAAAAAUUUA